UCCUGCUUUCACUUUGCGCAUCAGUCGGGAAGGGCGCAGAGCAACUGGAGGCUGCACCGAGAUCUUUUUUUUUUCCAUCAUGCACAUUGUUUUUUAUUAUAUUUUUCACUGAAGAGUUAUAGGAAAUAUAGUUUAAGCUUUGACUGCUCGAUUAAUGAAACAACAACACUACAAACAGAGCACUAGGCAUAUAUUUCAUGAGUUAUUUUUUUAAUAUAAGACAGUAAUUGGUAUUGUGUAGCACGGACGUCGGGGAUCCUCGCGGACAAAAUGCGCGCACGACAACUCCACACGGUAUUUUACGCGUGCGCGCAUCUGUGUUUAUUAAGCUGCAUGCUCCCGAGCGCACGGUGUCAGCGGGACUCGGCGCCUCUCAGGCGAACCAUCCAGUGGAAGCACGACGGCAGACUCUUCAGCAUCCUGAGUCAGGGCGCGCAGUACGUGCCUCCGUUAAGGAGAAACGCGACCGGAGAUGGAGAGCAGCAGCAGCAGCAGGAGCAGCGUCAGCAGCAGCCUCCGGCCAGACCCUUAACCGUGAUCAGCAGCGGCCAUGCUAGACAAAACGCGCCUUCUGGUUCUUCCUCGCCGUCGCAAUUACACGGAUCGCGCUGGUUGCCACUCAGGCGCGCCGGUGCGCCUCGCGGGCGCGUAAACGACACGGCGCGCACGGCUACGGGACAGGUUCCGCCUGCGUCUCCGUCUCCGCCGCCUCCGAGAGCGCGAGAGGACUCCAUGGUCGGAGACGAUCCUUACAAUCCGUACAAGUACAGCGAACAGGACAACCCGUACUACAACUACUAUGACGCGUACGAAAGACCAAGCCCGAGACAGAGACCCGGAUACGGAACAAGGUACUUUCAGUACGGUUUGCCUGACCUCGUGCCAGAUCCGUACUACAUUCAAGCCUCCACCUAUGUCCAGAGAGUGCCGAUGUACAACCUCCGAUGUGCUGCAGAGGAGAACUGCCUGGCCAGCUCGGCAUACAGGUCCAGCAUGAGAGAUUAUGACACGCGGAUGUUGCUGCGCUUCCCACAGCGCGUCAAGAACCAGGGCACGUCCGACUUCCUGCCUAGCCGGCCACGCUAUUCCUGGGAGUGGCACAGCUGCCAUCAGCACUACCACAGCAUGGACGAAUUCAGCCAUUAUGACCUGCUGGACUCCAGCUCUCACUCCCGUGUGGCUGAGGGACACAAGGCAAGCUUCUGCCUGGAGGACACGUCCUGCGACUACGGCUACUACAGACGCUUUGCUUGUACCGCUCACACACAGGGUCUGAGUCCAGGAUGUUACGACACUUACAACGCCGACAUUGACUGUCAGUGGAUCGACAUCACAGAUGUGAAACCUGGGAAUUACAUCCUCAAGAUCAGCGUUAACCCCAAUUAUCAGGUUCAAGAAUCCGACUAUAACAACAACAUCGUGCGGUGUGACCUUCGCUACACCGGCAACUACGUCUACGUUUCAGGAUGUCAGCUGUCGCCGUAUUAAAACAUGUUCAGGUUGACUUCACAACCGAGGAGACGACAACUGAGACGACUUUAACGUUAGCAACCGUGAAGAAAAGUUGUGGAUUUCCACGUUAAGACUGAAGACGAUAUUUCUGAUAUCAAUCAUUUUGAAACUUAGCGCAUAUUACGAGACGAAGCUUAGGUACAGUCCUGUUUUUUUUUUUUUUUAAUUUCCUUUUGGAUUGAUUUGUUAUUUCAUGUAAGAUGAUAAGACAUAUUUUCAAUAAAGAAUAUAAAAUAAAAUAAGUUCCAGCUGAAGAUAAAAUGGCCGCCCUGGUAGAAAGUGCAGUUUUAUUUACCUACACGGUCGUGUUUAACUUCACAGUGAGGCGAACUAAAUGAUCCACGCCGGACGACAAUCAAGCUCUUUGAGGAUGUCCGUGACGCUAUAUUUUGUUAUUUAACAAACGCUCAUAUUACUGCAAGACAUGUAUUACAUGAAAAUGACUUGAAUAAAUAUUCAUUCUCUGA